AUGCCCUCCAUCCACCUUACAAUCAUGACUCGAGCAAUGCGAAAGACCGCGCAGGCGCCUUGUUUGCCAGCCCGGCGAGCAGAUGUUAUCCUCGCGGCGAACGCAGGUCUUGAGAUAUACGAGGACAUUGUCGCCAUCAUCAAGAGCAAAACGAAUCAGAACUCAUGCUCCCUGGUGUAUGGCACCGACUCUGACGGCACUUAUGUGGAAGGGUAUGCUUACGAGGCUACGACGAGUGGUGAGAACUGCGACACGACGGCGGAGAAGAAGACUAUCCUUGCGGUAGUGGAGAAGUGUGCCAACAAGCUGAAUGCCCAGGGUGCGAUUCGGGCUGCUGCACCAUAA